AUGGCUGCACAACAACAAGAACUAGAUGAGAAGAACCCAUUCUAUGAGUUAGUUGUCAUUUGUAGUACUUCUGGUCAAUUUGACCAAACCGUCAAUUCGUUCAAAGAUAUUAUAAAGAAGUCUAAGUUAGUAUGUAUAAAAGACUCUGAGUUGUUAGAUUGGAUAAAGAAGUACCAAAGAAGAGUUUUGAAGUACAAUGCUAUAAAUGAGUAUGUCAAUUCGAAGUUUAAAGACCCAAAUGAGGAAAUGCAGAGAAUAUUAGAGAAGAAACACUUCAGAAACAAACAGAAAGAGAUAGAAUACAUUUCGAAGAAAUUGCAAUCUUACGAUUGGAAGACUUACCCUCAUAGAUGUCUUCUUAUCUUAGAUGACUUUGCUUCUCAUCCUUUGUUAAAGAACAGAGAACAAGAUAUGUGUCGAAUUCUUAAGAAGCUCAGACACUUUAACAUUUCAGUUGUCAUUUGUGUACAGACAGCAAAGAGUUUAAGUAAGGAUGUAAAGAGAAUACUUACUGACAUUGUACUUUUCCCUGGAUUGUCCGAAGACGAUUUCAUGGAACUUAUGAAAGAGUCCAUGGCAGGUAAGUUUGACAGACAUGAACUAUGGGAGAAGUACAAAGUCAUACAAGACCCUCAUACUUCUUUCAGAAUUCACAUCUACGCGAACAAAGUUCAAAUUGUAAAAAGUCAAGCUUGA